AAUCCAAAACCUAGCCCGGUCGCACAAAUUGGGGUUUAAGCCUCUCCUCCCCAUCUCAAAUUCUCUUCCAAUCGAGAAAAACUCUAAGAAAACAAUGACGACCUUGGGAUUAAGGUCAGCAAUGGCAGCAGGAGCUAGAUUCACGGCAGUUCAAUCUAGGUCCUCUUCAUCUGUCGUCAUCACUUCGAAGCUAAUAUCUUCUCCAUUUUCAUCGUCAACUAACAGAGCCAUUUCUUCUGCUUCUAGGUUAGCUUCAAUGUUGGGAAUGGUUGAGUCACAAAAGCCACUACAUAGUGCAAUUGCCUCUGCUCGGCUAACUUCAGUUCUUGCUCUUGAUUCUAGCUGCUGGAGCUGCCUUUCUCAAGACUUUGCAGUUCCUCGGUGAUCAUGAUCAAGUGGAUGUAAUUUGUUUCCCUUGCCGGUGGGUUGAUACCUUUCUGAAACAUCACUUGGCCUCCCUUUAUAUUCAACAUUUUUUUUGCGGAUCUUGUUUCCAUUGCCAUCAUGGGAUAUUUGUUGUUAGUCAUCCAAGCUGCACAAUUUGAGUAAAUCAUUUUCCCCCUUUCUUUAAUUCAAUUUUUGGUUGGGAGGGAUAAAAAUACAGCUACAUUCUUUUAGUACAGGCUCUUCUGCUUUGAAUUUACUGCUGUUUGCCCACCAUGUUUCCAUGACCAUUUCUGUUUCGAAUAUGUUUUUGGUUUCUGUGACAGAUCAGCCGGACCCGUUACCCUGAUAUUUUUGACAAUUUGAGUCUGCCCAAUAACUCCUAACAGACCAAUUUCUUCUUAUUAAUAUUCCAAAAACUAAUCAAUUAUUACAAGAGUGGCUUUAUAUACAGCCUAAGCCCUCAAAAGACAACUAAAGAUAACAACAAUUCUAAUUUCAAAAUACUAAAGACUGAUUAAUACGAAAUGUCGAUAAUGCCUUUGGACCCUUCGACCCGAGUCAUGACAUUCUUGAGAAGUAAUAAAUAUAGGUGCAAGUUUUUAGAGAAAGCUUAUUCAUAGGUCUCAUCUCGUGUUAGCUGUAUUAUCAUCUAUUUUACGUUGGUCGUAGUUUAUCCACUGCUUGUGGAAACUAGUUACAGAGCCAUCGUUGCAGGAUAGACGCUUACUAAUACAUUGUUCUUUAUGUCUUGUAAUGUGUGAUAAUUACUAAUUAGAGCCAAGACCCAAGAGUAAGACUCAUGACCAAUGAUUGAACUUUUUACGUCAAGACAUAAUCUUUUAUGGAAGCUUUUCCCAUAAUAUAACAUACUGUUUAUCUGUACGGAACACAUACAAUAUUAAGCAAGAAAGUAAGGGAUUUAAUACCAGGAAAACUAAAAAUGGUCACGAGAAACUUCCUGAAACUGCACUUACCUUCAAACACUCCAAAUGCUUGUUGCAAUCACUUCCAACGAUCGUUGGGGCUUGGUUGCUUGACCGAAUACUUUAUGAUGCACCUUCAACUUCUUUGGCCUUCAAGGUUUCUCGGGAAUCCGUUCGGGUACACAACUAACUCGCAAGGUUUAAGCCUUAAGGAACAAAUAAAACAUGAUGCACUAAAAUUUUAAAUACUCAAGGCACCAAUGGUGGUAUGUUAGAAGUGGAAGCAGAAGCUUAGAGUUCUUUCUGAUUUAUGGAUUUAGAAAGAAAGAAAAUCUCCGGCAUAGACCUCUAGUCUCUUGUUCAGCUUGGCGCCUUAUUUUCAUGUAAAAACUCAAAACUUCAAGUGCAUAUAAGUUACUAACAAGACCACGUGAGGCAUUGGUCGGGUUGAAUUCUAACUAGACUUUAUUGGCCCGUUUGGUUAGUGGUAAUAAAUGGUGAUGAUGUGAAUAAUUUUUAGUGUAAAUUUCAUCAAAAGUUCCAUAUUAUUCUCAUAGUGAUGAGACUUUAAUCACAACUUUUUUUUAUUUAAAUUUCAUUACCAACUAAUAUUACCUCUCCCAAUAGUAAUGCAUUGGAUUGAACUUUAUGAAGAAAAUGAGAUGAUUGAAGUUGGACAAGUAUGACCAUCAAGGUAGUCAAAAGAUUUUUUCAAUUAAAAUUAUAUUAGUUUUUCAUUCCAUUACCAUUAUUUAUUAAUACCUAUCAAAUGGACCGCUGUGUUAUGAUUUCAUUAUCUUUGUGCCAUGUUUUUGCAUAAAAUUAGACAAACAAAUAGUGGCACACAACUUAGUUAAAGUAGUUUGAUCUGACUUGAGCAUUAUACAACCUGAUUCGACUGAAAUGUUUGGCGCAUAUAUAUAAAAAAAUUAUAGUAACAUAGUAUGAAGUAGUUUGAUGACUUGAAUAUCCAUCUUUACAAAUAAAGAUGAACCUUAAUCACCAUAAGCCAUUUAAUGUAUGGGAGCAUAUUCCCCUCAAGAACUAAUCAAUUCACUUGAGCUUAUUUGGUUUAGUUGAGUUCAAUACAUCACUUUUGUACUCUAUUUCAUGUAAAAUUCUUGUACAGACUUAUUCCACAUUAUUUUGUGUGCACCGACUUAAUAAUAGCAAUAUUUUUCAAUGGUUGUAUUUGAUUAUACUAGUUAAGUAAAAAUACUAACUAUUUUAAUAUCUUUUAAAAUUAGUUCAUACUAAAAUAAUGUGGGCUAAGUUCAUACAAGACUUUCUGCUAUUUUAUU